AUGGAAGUUGAUUAUAGUAAAUUGGGUUUAAGUACCAUAGAAACUGAGAUUUUACACCAGUACCAAUUAUUAUCAAAACAAUUACAUGAAUUAGAUAACGAAAUACAGAACAUAACUCUCGGAGUUAAUAGAGAGAAUGAUGGUGUGAGUGAAGAGAUGUUAAGAAAUAUGAGGGAUUUGGAAAAGAAACUAGCUGUGGUGUAUGAGAUCUUCAAGUCUUCAAUCUAUUCUUUAAUCACCUAUAGUGACGAGUAA